GGGGACAAUACUUGGAUAAUUUUAGCCCAAGGGUCCCAGACAUCCACAUUGCUGCUCACAUGCCCGCGUGCUGUCAUCCCGAACCCCAGCGCGUGCGCUCGUACAGUCCACUGCAGCUGACGUCACAUCCAGCAUGGCGGUCAAGGUGCAAGCCACAAGACGAGCUGACCCUAAUGAGCUGAAGACUAUUUUUCUGAAGUAUGCCAGCGUGGUGGAGGAUGGGGAGCAUUACAUGACCCCCAGAGACUUUGUGCAGAAUUACUUGGGUCUGCACACACAGCCUCAACACAACCCCAAAACUGUGGAGCUGAUAGCCGGAGUGGCCGACACCACCAAGGAUGGACUGAUCUCUUUCCAGGAGUUUCUGGCCUUUGAAUCGGUUCUGUGCGCCCCUGAUGCCCUCUUCAUAGUGGCCUUUCAGCUGUUUGACAAGAGUGGCACAGGAAACAUCUCUUUUGAGAAUGUCAGAGACAUCUUCAGCCAGACGACGGUCCAUCACCACAUCCCCUUCAACUGGGACUGUGAGUUCAUCCGGCUGCACUUCGGCCACGAGAGAAACAAGAAUCUCAGCUACGCAGAGUUCACUCAGUUUCUGCAGGAGUUGCAGCUGGAGCACGCUCGCCAGGCAUUCGCACAGAAAGACAAGAAGAAAAGUGGCACCAUCACUGCCUUGGACUUCAGUGACAUCAUGUCCACCAUCAGGCACCACAUGCUGACUCCUUUUGUAGAAGAAAACUUGGUUUCAGCUGCAGGAAGCACCUCCCACAUGGUGAGCUUCUCCUACUUCACUGCCUUCAACGCCCUCCUCAACAGCAUGGAGCUGGUCCGCAAGAUUUACAGCACCCUCGCCGGCUCGCACAAAGAAACUCUCGUCACGAAAGAAGAGUUUGUUCACGCUGCAAAUAAGUUUGGUCAAAUCACUCCUAUGGAGAUAGACAUCUUGUUCCAGCUCGUCGGCCUCCACUCUCACUCUGGGCGGCUGAACAACGCAGACAUCGAGCGAGUCGCCCCGCUGGAGGAAGGAGCCAUGCCGUACCACCUAGCUGAGACUCAGAGACAGCACGCUCACGAAACGUCUCGGCCCGUCUGGCUCCAGGCUGCAGAGUCCGCCUACAGGUUCAGCCUGGGCUCAAUCGCCGGAGCCACCGGUGCCACCGCCGUGUACCCCAUCGACCUGGUGAAGACUCGGAUGCAGAACCAGCGCUCCACGGGUUCCUUCGUAGGAGAAUUGAUGUACAAGAACAGCUUCGACUGUGCGAAGAAAGUGCUGCGUUAUGAGGGCUUCUUUGGAUUUUACAGAGGGCUCCUCCCGCAGCUCAUCGGCGUCGCCCCAGAGAAAGCCAUCAAACUCACGGUGAAUGAUUUUGUCAGAGACAAGUUCACCACACAAGAUAAUACCAUCCCUCUUCUGGCAGAGAUUCUUGCUGGUGGAUCUGCUGGAGCAUCACAGGUGAUUUUCACCAACCCACUGGAGAUUGUGAAGAUCCGUCUGCAGGUGGCUGGAGAGAUCACCACGGGCCCCAGGGUCAGCGCUCUGAACGUCGUCAGGGACCUCGGUUUCCUCGGCCUCUACAAGGGAGCCAAAGCCUGCUUCCUUCGUGACAUCCCCUUCUCCGCCAUCUACUUCCCAGUUUAUGCGCACACCAAGGAAAUGUUGGCGGACGAAGACGGAAGGCUGGGCCCGCUGCAGCUGCUUACUGCUGGGGCUAUAGCAGGCGUACCGGCGGCGUCGCUGGUGACCCCUGCCGAUGUCAUCAAAACCAGGCUGCAGGUGGCAGCUCGAGCGGGCCAGACGACGUACGACGGAGUCAUCGACUGCUUCAGGAAGAUUCUCAGAGAGGAGGGGUUCAGCGCAUUUUGGAAGGGUGCAGGAGCUCGUGUCUUCAGAUCGUCGCCGCAGUUUGGUGUGACCCUGGUGACCUACGAGCUGCUGCAGAGAUUCUUCUACGUUGACUUUGGGGGACAUCGUCCCACUGGUUCCGAACCUAUUCCCAAACCCGCGGUGAAGGAUUUCCCCUCUGUGACCGCCGACCAUGUGGGCGGUUACCGUCUGGCUGCUGCAACCUUUGCCGGCGUGGAGAGAAAGUUUGGUUUGCACCUGCCAAAAUUCAAGUCCUCCGGAGAGUCCAAACCUGAAUCUCGGUCCUCCUAAACGAAGCCGCAGCGUGGAGGCCCGCACGCUCCUCCGAUUUCAAGUUCAUCCGAGAGGCCCUCUUUGUUCAAACGCUGCAUGGGUGUGGCUUUUAUUUUCUUUGCAUCGCUUGCACAACUUUACUGUACAUACUGUACUUCUCAACAGAGGGACAUUAUGGCUCAGCAAAGAAUUACUGCUCCUUUUAUUUCUUGGUGUGCGACAGCUUUGGUGUGCAUGGGCUAUAUUCAACAAAGAUGUACAGAUAUUUUCAAAAUAUUUAUUUUGAAAUUAUGACCAGGGACGCGGGAAAUAAUUUAAGUGUAUUUAUUGUAUUUUAUUGAAAUAAAUCAUUCAAAGUGUU